UGCUUUCAAGCAAAACGCUCAGCAGCAUGCGUGGUCGAUGAUGUCAGCAUAUCAUCUAUGGUUCGAUACUCGAUACAUAAAUAUCUAUAUGUGUAUACGAUUUCGACAACAAGUUGCUGCUGGACCUGGCACCUAUACAUCACCGAAGGCACUAUCUUCUUUAUGUUGGCUUGCCUUUGGCAGCAGGCAGUGGAUCAUCCUAUUCUCUCGCCCUAUUGUCUGGCCUGGUCUGUCUCCUAUAUGGUUGUUUUGGUUAGUUGUUCCCAUAGACUUAUCACCAUUACAUGGUCCAUAUCGUUACUGACACUAUUCAUUGCAGACCAGAUGACGGCAACUGAGGUAUACAUCCUCAUUUUAUAUAUACAACGACCCCAUCGCUCGUGCCAUCGUGCCGAGAAACAUGGUGGUCCAAUAACCCGUUGGAAGAGGGUAUAACACCUGGUGGAAUCGCAACAUCUCACCGCGACCCAGCAAUCGUUCUCUUUGCCCAUCGACCUCAACUCUUCCACCCCGUCUUUUCAUUUCCUCAUCUCUGGCUACGGCUGCUAUUAGCUAG